UACAACUCUCCUUCUUCCCAAACACUCCCAAAUUGACACCUCGGUUUUUAUCAGCUGCCCAAAAAUUACGUCUUAUUUGGUUCAAUAAAAUUGCUUAUUUUGGCACUUAAUACAAAAAAUUCAAAGCAUCCUCAUCCACAAACUUCAAUAAAUACUUCACCAGAAGAUUACUAGAUUUUGAGGUCAGACCUCUCUCUCUCUCUAAAAAAAGAUGAGGGGUGUUGACUCCAGAAAGCCAACCAUACUAUAUAAGUGAUAAAGUGCCUGAAUUGUAUCGCCCCAACGAGGCUGUGUGCUUUGUGCUUCGAUCUAUGUAUGAGUUCGCUCCGAGGGACCAUUUCGAGCCAUGAGUAACACCAUGAGGCCUAGAAUGAGAGGACUAUUGUACCUGGUCUAUGACAGGGGUUAAACCUUGAACCACUCCAUUCAAACAGAGACUUCGGUCCUUCUUGUUUUGUGUUUUCUCUCUCUUAAUCCACUCAUUCUUUAGAGUUUUCCAUGGAGGAUUUCAAAUUGGGCAAGGGGAAAAGUAGCAAACUAGACCGAAUUCUGCAAAAAUUGGGGAGAAGCCGUUCUGUGCAUAACCAAAAGCCUCCGAAACCAUUGCUUCCUGAUUCAAAGAGCAAAUCGUGGCCGCGAUCGCGGAGUUUGAAGGAAAAAACUUCCGUUCAGAAGGGAAAGGUGGCCCCUGAAGGCUGCUUCACUGUGUACGUGGGUUCAGAGAAGGAGCGAUUCGUUCUCAAAACAGAUUACAUAAACCACCCCCUCUUUCGGGUUCUUCUUGAAGAGGCUGAGAUGGAGUAUGGGUUCAAUAGUGAUGGUCCUCUGGUUUUGCCUUGUGAGGUUGAUUACUUUAACCAGGUCUUAAUUGAGAUGCACAACGAUAAAAUACAUGGAGGUUGUGCCUUCCCUAAAGGACUCAAUGGUUAUCAACUUCUCAGUCCAACUCGAAUUGGGGCAGGUUGAAUCCUCAAAUCCUUUGAAGAUUCUCUCUCUCUCUCUCUCUCUCUCUCUCAUGAAUUUUGACUUCUAAUGAUCUUGUAUUUUAUCUGUAAUCCUUAGUAAGCCUGCAACACAGUUUCGCUUGUUGUAAAUGCAUGUUGAGUUUAUUAGAGCGUAUAGACCUUUUUCUAGGGUUUGGGUUUCCUUGUAGUGUAUGUUUCCUGUAUCAUCUACAAAGAUGUUAUGUUUAAGAUCUCAUCAAUCAAUCUUGUUGAUCUGACUGGGAUCUGAAUUAUUAAUAAACGAUGCA